UCGGCCCCGGGCGGGACGCCGGAGCGGAAGCCCGACCCCGCGCUUCUCCCAAGCUCGUCGCCUCGCUCUCGACUCCGUACGCAUGCCGUAAAAACACACGGUGCGCGAUGUCGCGUCACUCCCCUAGAGCUAAAGGUUAGAUGCGCGUCAAGUUGUGGACAUGGAAUAACGACACGAAGAAAAUGUUCCGCGACUCCGAAUCGUCUCCGGUGUUGUGAAUGGAUGCCACUGGCGGUGCGACUACCGAAGACGACGACAAGCCCUGUGGCCCUUGAAGAAGAAAGCAACUGCACUCCGCUUAGGUGCGGUCGGAGCAAUGGAGGUUCCCGUACUUUCUGAAAAAGGACACAAAGUGCUGAGCGCCGAGUACUGCUACGGCUACACGGACAAGUUCGGCAAGUGGAACAACGGUUUCCAGUGCCCGGCGCAGAGCAGCGGCGAGCCCGUCUACUGCUGCGGAACAUCCACGGAGCCGUACUGCUGCCGCAAGAAGGAGGAUGAGCCACCGGCACCGGCUCACGACCAGACACUUCUUCUUGGUGUGGCCCUGGGUACGCUGCUGGUGGUGGCGUUACUAGCCCUGGGCGCCUGCCUGCUAUGUCGCCGCCGGAUGGCGCACAAGAACAGGCACCAGACCAUCAACGGAGGCCCCAUCUACAGGAUGCACUGCGGCAGCUCCAGCGCGAACACCUAUUCCUUUUCGGGUCAUGACAGUGGCGCAACAACCCCUGGCACCGCGCCUUCGGGCGGCGUCGCUGGAGGUGUUGGUGGCCCCGUUGCCCCGGGCAACUGCCAUCAGCACGCGGCGUCCGAUCGUGGUGCCAUCUCGGAGCCGUUCAGCGAAAUGGAGCCGCCUCCACCGCCUCCGCGCGAUAUCUCGAGCUUCAGCGGACUCCUCACACCGUGUCCCGCAGGUGGACUUCACUACAAUGGCCCGAUGCCGCACAUGGAGCCACCGCCUCCGUACCAAGUGGAAAGCCCACAUUCGACGCUGCUCGUGCGGACCAUACCCAGCGACGCAUCAAACUGCAGCCAACAGAGUUUUGGCACGUUGCGCCUGUCGCAGCAAAGGCCGGCACGCCGGUUCCAGCCGUUGCCACGGACGCAGCAGAUGCAGCAGCAGCAAGGAGCAGACUACCACGAUCCCGCAUACUGGUGCACCAAGUUCUGACUCUAACGCGGACUAGAACUUGGUGCGGACCAAAAAGCCGAGAAUCGUGGACACCCCCGUCACGCUACGGCGGCAGCAGUUAAAAACCUGCGGCCAGACUAUGACGCGGAAGACGGCUGCAAGCUUUGGAAGUGCAAGGCGAAUGCAGCACCACAUGCCGGGAAAUUCCAGAAGCUCGUCAGAGUAGCCACAAAUGAGGCUACAACCUGCUUGGGGUAGCCACUCCUGGGGUGCUAUCCUGGACGCUGUCAAAUUCCACCAUAUUGUCAAAUUUCGUAAUGGCGGCAAUUUAAGCCAUAGCAGCUCUCUGGGCCAAUCAGAGUUGACCAACGGCGGGACCUGACAAUAUGGCGAAAUUCGACAAUGUCCAGAAUAGCACCCCUGGGUCGCGCUGAUGGAAAGUGAACACGACCAACGUACCGCCUAGGUGUUAUUUCAUUCGUUUUUCAGCUGGCUCUGACCAACGACGGAACAAUUGGUGCGUCAUCUGUUACGUGGACAAACGAAGGAACGUGCCGCGCUGCGCGAGUCGAAAGACUCAGUUUUGACGACGAUGACGUCAUCUCACGAAGCGGAAUGAACUGUGUGCCACUGCCACUUACUUCUGGAGACCUGGGGACGAGAGCCACGCACAGAUAUAACUGUUACACAAGUGUUUGUAAAGUUUGUUCUAAAUGACAGCUUCAUUAUGCGUUAUACCAAGUUGCCAAAAAAAAUUUUAAUUUUAAAUAUUUCGCGUUACCCUCGAGGCAUGCCAGUGCGCACAAGUUAUGAAGUGAGCUUUCUGGCGAGACCGAAACAGCUCAUGCUUUGAAGGCUCGCAAUAGUUAUGAUCGUUUUAUACAGUGAAUUCUCAUAUGCAGCAUAUUAGAGAGAAAUAAUAGACAAUAUGUUACAUUAAAGAGUGUCUGUGUCAAUGGACCUUGUUGCCAUUUGAAAAGAAUGCAUCCUAAUUACUAUAGCAACUGCAAAAAAUUUUAAAAAACGAAAGGCGAAUAACUGCACAAAAUUAUUACUUGUGCACAUUUACUGAAAAUGCAAGACUUGACCAUCUAAAUGGACUAUUCAUCAUGAGAUGAUAACGUGCAAUGAUACAGCUGUUAAUCCUGCAAAACAAAGUGUCACCAACAUACAGGUUAGCUUUACAUGAGCAACAAUGCUGUACAUUC